GGGAGUUGUAGUUCGGUCGCGAGCGCUGCCGUCGGGAGGCUGUUCCGAGGUUCGAGGCUGUCCCCCGCGACCCCGCCUUCGGCGCUCGGCUCGCAGGAUGGAUCCCGUACCCGGAACAGACUUGGCGCCGCUGGCUGGCCUGGCCUGGUCGUCGGCCUCUGCACCCCCGCCGCGGGGGUUCAGCGCGAUCUCCUGCACCGUCGAGGGGGCACCCGCCAGCUUUGGCAAGAGCUUCGCGCAGAAAUCUGGCUACUUCCUGUGCCUUAGUUCUCUGGGCAGCCUAGAGAACCCGCAGGAGAACGUGGUGGCCGAUAUACAGAUCGUGGUGGACAAGAGCCCCCUGCCGCUGGGCUUCUCCUCGGUCUGCGACCCCAUGGAUUCCAAGGCCUCUGUGUCCAAGAAGAAACGCAUGUGUGUGAAGCUGUUGCCCCUGGGAGCCGCGGACACAGCUGUGUUUGAUGUCCGGCUGAGUGGGAAGACCAAGACAGUGCCUGGAUACCUUCGAAUAGGGGACAUGGGCGGCUUUGCCAUCUGGUGCAAGAAGGCCAAGGCCCCGAGGCCAGUGCCCAAGCCUCGAGGUCUCAGCUGGGACAUGCAGGGCCUCUCUCUGGAUGCAGCCAGCCAGCCAAGUAAGGGCGGCCUCCUGGAGCGGACACCGUCAAGGCUGGGCUCUCGGGCAUCCACUCUGCGGAGGAAUGACUCCAUCUACGAGGCCUCCAGCCUCUAUGGCAUCUCAGCCAUGGAUGGGGUUCCCUUCACACUCCACCCACGAUUUGAGGGCAAGAGCUGCAGCCCCCUGGCCUUCUCUGCUUUUGGGGACCUGACCAUCAAGUCUCUGGCGGACAUUGAGGAGGAGUAUAACUACGGCUUCGUGGUGGAGAAGACCGCGGCUGCCCGCCUGCCCCCCAGCGUCUCAUAGUCCCUCACCCGUCCGCGGAAAGAGCCCCCUUACGCCACCCCCCGACAGCCUGGGGCCACACAGCCUCACUGCAUCCUGCGAACCUCCGCCCUGCAAGGCAUUUGCUAUCUUCAGCCACUGGGCGGAGCUGCAGCCCUGGAGGAGGGGGCGGGUCGAGGCUGCGUGGUGAUGGGGUCUCUGCCCCGACGCCCUGCCCGGCAGGGCUGGAGCUGGACAGAAGCCAGUGCCUUUAAGUCAUUCGUGUCAAAACCUUCUGGGGUCCGGAGGCUGUGCGGGUGUCCUCCUGGCAAUAAACACUACCUGGUUCUCGCC